AUGCCUACCUCAUUGCAUAAGACACGCAAAAUAAUCUCGAAGAAGCGCGGCGGCGAAGUCACCGCUCUACAUGCCAAAUCCCGCGACUCUAAGCGUCUGCGCAUGGCCCAUGCCCGUGACCUAAGACUGGAAAAACUUGCCAACGUCAGAUCCAAGAAGGAAGAGCCCAUCGUCGACCGUAUUCAGUACUUUCAAAAUCAUCUAAAGGAAAGAGACGUGUUCCAAUUGGAGCUUUCCGAGGUGCAAACUCUUAUUUACAACUUUGUUCACCAAUAUGACGAGGAGUUUAACGAAGUUAAAAAAGCUCGCCGUCCAGGCCGCGCUGCCACCGCUCGUGAGGAUCUGCUCAAGAGAAAAAUCGAUGCUCUGGAAGAAGAGUAUGAAAAAGGCUUCUUGAUUCCUGAUGUCUUUGAUGAGGAUCAGGGCAAAAAGUUAUUCGGUUAUGAAGGCUCGUGGGCGUAUAUUGCCACAAUCUCAUGGUCCAAGGUGUCCAAGGCAGGGAAAAUUAGCAAGGGCGACAUUCCCUCCAAGGGAAUAUUGUGA